UCUGAAGUCUCUUCGAAAAAUUUUGCUGCUUCCGCCAUUUGUAGAUAUUUGUGAUUUAUGUGUUUUUCUCCAUGAAGAUCUACUUCCGGUUCAUUACCCUUGGCCCUGGAAAAAUUGGACAGAAGAUAACGAGCUUUAUUAGUAUAUAACGGGCAAUCAUUGGUGAAGCAGACUGAUAAAGAAAUGUUGUUUAGACCCUUGAGAAGGUUGGGCGUAGUUUUCAAACAUGUGAGAAUGGCUGCUGCAUACACAACAUCAUCUAGUGUAGAUGAUGAAGUUCUCAUACAACAGAUUGAUACAAAGGGAAUUAUAACCCUGAACAGACCGAAAGCUCUUAAUGCUCUAAACCUGAAUAUGAUCCAGAAAAUAAUGCCCCAGAUGACAACCUGGGAGAAUGAUCCCCACAUGACAAUGGUGAUCAUGAAAGGGACUGGUGACAAGGCAUUUUGUGCUGGUGGUGACAUUGUAGCUGUUACAGAAUCAGGAAAACUUGGAGGUCAACUAGCCAAGGAUUUCUUUAAAGAGGAGUAUAUUCUCAAUAACAAAAUAGGUACAUAUGAGAUUCCUUAUAUAGCAUUUAUUGACGGCAUUACUAUGGGUGGGGGUGUCGGUCUAUCUGUACAUGGGACAUACAGAGUUGCUACAGAAAGAACCUUAUUUGCAAUGCCUGAAACUGCCAUUGGUUUGUUUCCUGAUGUUGGUGGAGGGUAUUUCUUGUCAAGAUUGGGUGGUAGGUUAGGAGUCUACCUGGCACUUACAGGAUUCAGGUUGAAAGGAAGGGACGUCCAGAAAGCAGGAGUUGCCACUCACUUUGUACAAUCUGAUAAGAUGCAUGCCUUAGAGGAGUCAUUACUUAAAUUACAUGAUCCAGAGCCGUUGGAUGUUGCUCAUGUACUGGAUAAGUUUCAGCACGAGAGCACAGGUAUACCUGAUACAGACUUUAUCUUAAGGGAUCACAUGGAGGAAAUAAACAGAUUGUUUGAAGGUGAAACAGUGGAAGAAAUUAUGCAAAACCUUGAAAAAGAUGGUUCUCCAUGGGCAUCAAAACAGCUAGAAACACUAAAGAAAAUGUCACCAGUUUCUAUGAAGAUAACAUUACGAUUAUUGAAUGAGGGAACUGCUAGGACAUUACAGGAAGAUCUCGAGGUAGAGUACAGACUAAGUCAGAGAUGUAUAGAAGAUAAAGAUUUCUAUGAAGGUGUUAGAGCAGUAUUAAUAGACAAAGAUCAGAGUCCGAAAUGGGAUCCUGCCACAGUUGAAGGGGUGACCAAAGAACACGUAGACUGGUACUUUUCACCACUUCCUCCAGAGAGAGAGCUGCAAUUGUGAAGACAAUUUGGGGGAAAUUGAAACACAGUCUAAGCAUCAUUAUGACAUCUACCUUACUGUACAUUGUGAUAAAGAGAAAUGCUAUUAAAUCACGUGCUAGUCACUCA